UUCGCACGUGUGUGUGUUUAAUUAGAGCGUGCGUGCGCGCUUGCGCGAGCGAUGCACUGAACCCUCUCCAGCAGUCGCGUCUACCCCGUUCGCGUGCAGGUGUCACAUUCCUCGGAUGCUCGCGAUCAUUUGAACCCGGGACCCUAUCAUCAUGACGGACCCCUCCUCUGCUGCUGACCCCACUGCUGGUCCUGCAGACCCCGGUCCUGCUUCUGUUCCGGAUCCAGCGGUGUUGGGUUCAGCAUCGACUCCUGCGAACGGACACCAUCCGAGCCAAGCAGAUACUUUCAACAUGGAGCAGCAGAUGAAAAUAGGAGAGCCGGAGGACAACGGGCUCCUGGAGAGCAGUAUGCGUCUGAAACCCCACGAGGCUCAGAGUUACAGAAAAAAGGCAUUAUGGGUAUCGUGGGUCUCCAUUGUGGUGACGAUGAUCUUAGCCAUCGCUGCGUUCACUGUUUCUAUAAUGCGGCAUAGUGCAUCAGCGUUUGGGUUUGCUUUUGAUGCCACUCUAGACGUCCUGUCCUCCAUAAUCGUGCUUUGGCGAUACAAUAACGCGGCGGCCGUCCAUUCAGCACACAGAGAAUACAUAGCGUGUGCCAUCCUCGGGGUCGUGUUCAUCUUGUCGGCCAUCACUAUCCUGGUCAAAGCGAUCCAUGACCUCGCCACAAAACUGCAACCAGAAGUGGAUGACUUCCUGUACAGUGUCUCAGUUGUCAGUGGGAUUGUGUGCGCUAUUCUGUCCGUUUUUAAGUUCAUGCUGGGGAAAGUCCUCACCAGUAGGGCCCUCAUCACCGACGGUUUUAAUUCUCUAGUCGGCGCCGUCAUGGGAUUCUCCAUCCUCAUCAGCGCCGAGGUGUUCAAACACGAACCUAAAGUCUGGUACCUGGACGGGAGUAUCGGGGUUCUGAUUGGACUGAUCAUUCUCGCAUACGGAGUCAAGUUGUUAAAGGACAUGGUGCCCCGCGUCAGGCAGACGAGACAUUAUGAGCGCUUUGAGUAGAGAUUCUGAUUCUGGACGACUCAACACACACAGAAAUAUCCUGUGGAGAUUCUCCUGAGAGGAAAACACAACACCACACACACACUUAACCUGCCUCAGGGCAAACGCAGCCACAAAAUCCCCCUGUAAAUAUGGAUCUGAAAGGGAAAACUGAGAAUUAAAUGUAUAAAAAUGUGUUUUAUCUUAUCGUUUGAGAUGGAAGUGAGCCAAGAUACAUUUCAGAAUGUGUAUCAUCUGAUAUUGAAAACCACGAUUCAUCGCAUUGAGUAAUAUUAUGGGUAUCCGUAUAAUGGAUGAGAGAUGUUUUUAGGUAUGAUUUGUGCAGGUUAUUACAAAUAUAAAUGUCCAGGUUUGAAGGGAAGAGGUUUAUCAGGUAAACUUAACACAGACUGUCCUUUUUGUCUAAUUUGUUUAAAUUAAGUUCCUAUUUAUUGUAGUAGUUCUUUAGUAAAAACGUUUGUUGCAUCUGUGAAAACCUGUAAAAUUUUUACAUGAAAAAUGAAGAAAUAGACUAAAAUUUACACAAGCACAUACAAUUUCAAAUGUUCUCAUUUUUGAAAUGUCAAUACAAUUUCACAGUGGAAAAGCCAAACAUAUGAUAUAAAAUCAAGUAUCACUCUGAAAGUGUACAAAUUAAAGUCAUGCCAAAAUAAUUUUGCUAAAAUGUCAAAUUAAUAAUUUGAAGAGGUGCUGAAACUACAUUUUUUGUAGAUAAUGAGAAGUUUUCUUAAAGAGGACCUUGUUAAUUCUUUAGUUUUUCCUUGUUAAAACGUGCCAUCGAAUCAUCUACAGUUUAAAGUAUAUUAUUCAACAAACAGGGCAUUUUCAUACACUGUAAAAAGUGAUAAGU